ACGUGCUUUGCCUGAUUUACAGGAAGUUGUAGCUAGAGCUGAACAAAUAAUUGACAUGAAUACUCCUGGUGCCUGUUACAGUCAGUUAGGACUGUUUCUUGUAAAUCUGCUGCUUUGCUGCUCCAUAACGUCCUUUGCAGAGGAUCAUCAGAAGAGCAAAACAGGAGAAAUGGGUUAUGGAGACAUCAUGCGUGUAGCAACUACUGGGGCUUCAAUGAAAACAGCCCAGCAGGACAAGCUGGGAUACUCAGGUGUGAAGGCGUCACACACCAUGGCGGAGACUGAUAAGGGACGAAUGAUGAAGUACAAGUCUAUCAUCAGCAGCGUGGGAAGCAAAUAUGGAAUUGACCCUGCUAUCAUUGCUGCCAUCAUCUCCAGAGAGUCCAGGGCUGGAAGUGCACUACAUGAUGGCUGGGGAGACUAUGACACAUCCAGAGGAGCGUAUAAUGCCUGGGGGCUGAUGCAGGUUGAUGUCAAUCCCAAGGGAGGUGGACACACUGCACGUGGUGCAUGGGACAGUGAGGAGCACCUCUGCCAAGGCACAGAGAUCUUGAUUAAUUUUAUCCAACGGAUCAGCAAAAAGUUUCCUGACUGGAGCAAUGAGCAGCAGCUGAAAGGAGGGAUAGCCGCCUACAAUAUGGGAGAUAAAAACGUCCGUACCAUAGAACGCAUGGAUGUCGGCUCAACAGGUGACGACUACUCCAGUGAUGUUGUAGCCAGAGCUCAGUGGUACAAAACUAAUUUUUUUUAAAAGCUGAAGCUGUCCACAACAGCACUGUCCUUAAGAUCUCCUACAUAUCACAAAGAAAAUAUUGUAAUGAGUGCCAUUUGUCGAAACUUGACAUGAAUAAACAUUAUGAAAGUCAAAAACACCAACAAAUAAUAUGUCUGUUUAUUGGACUCAGUUUAAAGUCUCACCGUGACAAGAAAGUUAAAAGUUACAUUCAGCUUUCUACUUAUGUGUACUGAACUACACUGCUGUUCAGAGAUCUCUUCAUACUGAUGCAGCACUGCAUUCAUUCAACCAAUUCAGAAACAAUGUAGUGUGUCACCAGUCUGUCAAAGCUAAAUUUC